CACAGAUAAGCCGUGUGAUUUCCCAUAAAUGUAGGGGGAGGGAGGGGCAAAACAAACUGAGCAUGAGAGCAGGCAGAAAACUUUGGUUCAGACAUUUUUAGCGGACAGAGAAUAGAAGGAAUCCACCGACUGUGACUGGGACUGAACAUGAACAUGAGCUCAGAGGAAGAGGAGAAUGGGGCAGAGGCUAUGCCAGCAGAGCAGUCUGAAGAUUCUGCUGUUGACUUCAUGAACCAACCUGGAGCCUCAGACACAGAUGGGCAGAGAGCAACAUCUCCUGCACCCAGCUGUGUGUCCAUGAAGAGGGAUUGGUCCAGAGAGGAACCAAUAGCCUUUGGUAAUGGACCUAGACCCCCAGACACAAGCGGACAGAGACCAGGGUCUACGGUAGCCAGCUGUCUGUCUGUGAAGAGUGAUUCAUCCAGAAUACAACCUAUAGAUUUCAAAAGACUUGGACUCCAAGACACAACAGAGAGGAAGAGGAAUCAUCAUAUGGAGGAGCAGCCGUUCUGCUGUGCUGCAUGUCAGAACGUCCUGAAGGAUCCAGUCUCUACCAGCUGUGGACACUGGUUCUGCAGAGAGUGUAUCUCCUUAUACUGGGACCAGUCUGGUUCACCAGGAGACUCUUCCUGUCCCCAGUGUGGGAAAAGAUCCAGAAGAGGACACGAACUGGAGACAGCCGGUCAGACCAGCUCUGAGCAAAUGAGAGGUGGUCUUCAGGAGGUUUUGGAGGAACAUAAGAUCAGUCUGAGGAGGAGAUGUGAACGUGUGACUGAAGGAACUGAUGAAGCAGGAAGUAGAACUCUCCUCAACAGGAUCUACACUGAGCUCUACAUCACAGAGGGACAGAGUGAAGAGGUCAACAGCCAACAUGAGGUCAGACAGCUAGAGACAGCUUCCAAGAAGAUCAUCCAUGAAACACCAAUCCAGUACCAUGAGAUCUUUAAAGCGCUCCCUGACCAACACAAACCCAUCAGAGUGGUUCUGACCAACGGUGUGGCUGGUGUUGGGAAAACCUUCACGGUGCAGAAGUUCACUCUGGACUGGGCAGAGGGCUUGGAAAACCAGGACAUCAGUCUGCUGAUUCUGCUUUCAUUCAGAGAGCUGAACUUGAUCAGAGAUGAGCGCUACAGUCUUCUGGAGCUGCUCCGUGUUUUCCAUCCAACGUUCCAGAAGGUCAGAGCAGAGAUGCUGGCUGUCUGUAAACUUUUGUUCAUCUUUGACGGCCUGGAUGAAAGCAGACUGUGGUUGGAUUUCAGCAUCAGUGAGGCUGUGUCUGAUGUCACACAGAAGUCAUCAGUUAAUGUGCUGUUAAUAAACCUCAUCAAGGGGAAUCUGCUUCCCUCAGCUCUCAUCUGGAUAACUUCUCGACCUGCAGCAGCCAAUCAGAUCUCUCCUUCAUGUGUGGACAGGCUGGCAGAAGUCCGAGGCUUCACUGACCCCCAGAAGGAGGAGUACUUCAGGAGGAGGUGUGAUGAAGAUGUGUCCAGCAGAAUAAUCUCUCACAUCAAGACAUCCAGGAGCCUCCACAUCAUGUGUCUGAUCCCAGUCUUCUGCUGGAUCACUGCUACAGUUCUGGAGAACAUGAUGAGCACGGAGCAGAGAGGAGAGCUGCCCAAGACCCUGACAGACAUGUACUCACACUUCCUGUUGGUUCAGACCAAGAGGAAGAGGCAGAAGUAUGAUGGGGGACAUGAGAGCAGUCCACAGCAGCUGAUGGAGGCUGAGAGAGAAGUUCUUCUGAAGCUGGGGAGGCUGGCGUUUGAACAUCUGGAGAACGGAAACAUCAUGUUCUAUGAAGAAGACCUGGAGCGCUGUGGUCUGGGUGUCACAGAGGCCUCAGUGUUCUCAGGAGUUUGCACAGAGAUCUUCAAAAGAGAGAGUGUGAUCUUCCAGAAAACAGUUUACAGCUUUGUUCAUCUGAGUGUUCAGGAGUUUCUGGCUGCAGUCUACAUGCUCCACUGUUUCACCACCAGGAACACAGCAGUACUGGAGGAGUUUCUAGGAAAAAAACAAAAAAACUUAACGCUUGAUGUCUUCCUCAAUAAAGUAAUGAUGACAUCCUUAAAGAGUAAAAAUGGCCACCUGGACCUGUUUGUUCGUUUCCUUCAUGGACUGUGUCUGGAGUCAAACCAGAGACUCUUAGGAGGUCUGCGGGGUCAGAUAGACAACAGUCCAGAAAUGAUCCAAAGAAUCAUUGACAACCUGAAGAAGAUGAACAGGUUUGAUAUCUCUCCUGACAGAAGCAUCAACAUCUUCCACUGUCUGAUGGAGAUGAAUGAUCUCUCAGUACAUCAGGAGAUCCAAGACUUCUUGAAGUCAGAGAACAAGUCAAAGCAGAAACUCUCUGAGAUCCAGUGCUCUGCUGUGGCCUACAUGCUGCAGAUGUCAGAGGAGGUUCUGGAUGAGUUGGACCUGAAACUGUACAAUACAACACAUGAAGGACGACUGAGACUGAUUCCAGCUGUGAGGAACUGCAGGAAGGCUAAACUUUCUAACAGUGCUCUGUUGGAGGCUCACUGUGCUGUUGUGGCCUCAGCUCUGAAGACCAACCCCUCACAUCUCAGAGAGCUGGAGCUGCAGGACAUGACCCUGCAGGAUCCAGGAGUGGAGCUGCUUCAUGCUGGACUGGAGAGUCCAAACUGCAGACUGGAGGCUCUGAGAUUUAUCCGCUGCUAUUUGUCAGAGAGCAGCUGUUCUUCUCUGGCCUCAGCUCUGAAGUCCAACCCCUCCCAUCUGAGAGAGCUGGCUCUGGUUAACAGCAAACUGCAGGAUUCAGGAAUGGAGCUGCUGUGUGUCUUUCUGCAGAGUUCACACUGUAAACUUGAGUCUCUGAGACUGAAUUGCUGCAGGUUGACAGAGAACAGUUGUUCUUCUCUGGCCUCAUCUCUGACGUCCAUUGCCUCCCAUAUGAGAGAGCUAGACCUGAGUGACAACAAGCUUCAGGAUUCAGGAGUGGAGCUGCUGUGUGGGUUUCUGCAGAAUCAAAACUGCAGACUGGAGAUGCUCAGAUUGAGUCGCUGCAGUUUGUCGGAGGUCAGCUGUUCCUCUCUGGCCUCAGCUCUGAAGUCUAACCCCGCCCACCUGAGACACCUGGACCUGAGCUACAACAGUGACCUGAAGGAUUCAGGCAUCACGCUGCUGUGUGAAUUCCUGCGGAGUCCAGACUGCAGACUGGAGACACUGGGAUUGAGGUGGUGCAGUUUGUCAGGGAUGAGCUGUUCUUCUCUGGCCUCAGCUCUGAAGUCCAACCCUGGCCAUCUUAAAGAGCUGGAGCUGAGGGGAAAUGGGCUGAAGGAUUCAGGAGUGGAGCCACUGUGGGAGUUCUUGAAGAGUCCAAACUGGAGACUGGAGACUCUGAGUUGGCGUGAUUGAUAUCCAUCAGUGUGAGGGGUCAGAACGAUGAGCUGCUUCCUGCUGGUGUAGAGGAUGAAGCUCCACUGUCAGAAACUACAGCUGAGUCCAGAGUCGAGCCUGAGCGUUCCUCCUGACCUGACAGAGUAUCAGCGGAGUUAAUCGAAUGCUCGGCUCCCACUCCAUCCUUCUACACUCUGCAAGACCUACUCCACAAGGGAACUGGAUUUAUUUGGACUUUUUUUUUUAUUUUCUUUCAGUUUACUAAACCAAAACCACCCACCACUAAUUUAUAUUUAUGACUAUGAUACACUGAAGUGUUUAAAAAAAGCUUAAUACAUUCUGUCAUGGCUCCCUCUUGUUGAAAAAUGGAGGGUGAAAGGUCAUUUCAGCAUUAGAUUUCUAAUUUAUACUUAUACUUUCUUUUAUAACAGACAACAAAAGUUUUUAGUUCACACCUUUACAUGGUUGGAUGGAAUGCUUCCGU